UCUCGCGGCGUUGAAAUGAGCCUCUUGCGUCAUGUGUCAUGUCAGACGCGCGAGCCGCUCCUGACAGUUCCGUAUUGCCCUUCAGAUUUACACCGCGGCCGAGUGCAUGACUUCAGCUCCAUCGAUUUGUUGGGCGAAGAGCAGCGUUUAAUGGCUACCGCUUUGCUGAGGAGAAGUGCGUCUUCCACUCCAGCUCCACAGGAGUCGUAUAACACGCCUCUAACGGUGGCUGAGGUAGCGCAGGGAGACGUUUACAGACCUCAGGAGCGUCUCCCAGGGAGGAGUAGAUUUAAUGGCACCCCACCAGAUCAGCACUCUCUGAUGGACAAAUACAUACCACCAGAGUUCCAGACCAUGCCAGAACAUAAGCGGUUCAAUCAGAACGGUUUCAUGACCAUGGACCAAGAUUCACCUUAUAGCAUCAAUAUGAACGUCUUCCUGCCCGACAUCCCGUAUGUGCGUUCCGGUCUCUGUCGACCAACAAGGCCCACGAUGGCUCCCCAGAUGAAACCAGAACCCAUGCAUACAGUCAGCUACCCGAGCUGCCACAGCACCGUCCCGUCAGCUCCUCCACCCUCAGAGUACUCACACCACUUCAGUCCAGCAAGCGGAACGUGCGGCUCUGCGUUCAUCAAACAGGAGGCACCGGAGCUCAACUACCAAGAUGUUCCACUAUUCCAACUUCUGAAUUCAGACCUAGACACUGUAGUGUCUGGUCCUCACUCUGGUGUUUGCUCAUCCAUGUCAUCAUACAACAGUAUGAAUUCAUCCAUUACUCCGAUCGCACGAAGACCCAUGUGCGAUAUGGGCACUUGUGGGUCUUCCCCUGCCGGGCACUUUGGUCGGCACCACAAGCAGCCGAAUGUGCCAUACCUCCCCCCCUCCCCUCCAAACUCUGAGCCCAGCAGUCCUGACAGGAGAAAAGAACUCUUACACAAGCUGUCACCUCCUCCCUCAUAUGCUGCCAGUAUCGCGUCUAAACUGGUAAGGCCGGCUUUAGGCCCUCAAGCAGCUGCACCAGUACAAACACAAGCUGUGCCUUCCAGGCACAACCGCAGGAACAAUCCUGAUCUAGACAAGAGGAGGAUACAUCACUGCAAUGUCCCAGGUUGUAAGAAAGUCUACACCAAGUCCUCCCAUCUUAAGGCACACUUACGGACUCACACAGGAGAGAAGCCAUACCAGUGCUCCUGGGAAGGCUGUGAUUGGCGCUUCGCCCGCUCCGAUGAGCUGACGCGCCACUUCAGGAAGCACACGGGUGCUAAACCCUUUCACUGUGCGGUGUGCAGUCGCAGCUUCUCACGCUCUGAUCACCUGGCUCUGCACAUGAAGAGACACCAGAGCUAGAACCACAAUGCCAUACUGGCUUUCAUAACUCCCUCUCUUUCUGUCAGUUGAGCUUGGGUGUGUUGGGUUUCUUUGGUUUUGGCAGCUCAUGAGGCACGAGUGUUAAACUGUGUUGGCACUAGACCUGUAACCCUGUGGAACACAACUACAUGAUGAGGAGGUUUUUUCAUCAGCUGUUUAGUUGUUUUUUUAGUAAUAGUAGUAGUUUAAGUAGGGUUUUAUUUUCAUAAAAAUGUGCCUUUUCCAUGUUUUGUAGCAUAAAUGUAACUUUUAAUGCAAUUAUAUUCUUAAAUCAUUUGCACCUUACAAUUCAUUUCACAUUUGUCCAAGCAAAAUUGAAAGUUUAACUAAUUUAGAAAGCCCCGAGGCGUUAAUGAGAUUAACAGCCCUUUUCAACGAAGAGCAAGUAGUUUCUUAGUUUCUUGUGGGAGGAACUAAGUAAACAAAGAUUCAAAUCUGAAAUGCCAAAGAAAGAUGUUUCACUUAUUUAAUCUUGCACAUGUGACACUGCUAAAUGAUUUGAACCAUUUCUUCGAAGGGUUUUGUUUUUUUUUUUGUAGGGGAAGAUUUUGUUGUUAAUCAAAGCACAUUACAAAAACUGAAAUUAUUUGAUUGAGAUUUCACAUAUUUGAUUUGGGACAUUAACAGCUUUAUGUGUAAAUAUUGUAAUUCAUUUAGCCUAUUAUUUAUUUUAUUUUAUUAUUUUUUUUUCAGCUUGAUUUUUUUUACUGUAUAAAGUACUUCUCUAUGCACAUAUGUGAAUAGAGCUAUGGGAAAGAUGGUUUUAAUUAUGAAAAGAUAUCAUUUAGAUAAGUUAAGACUUACAUGAUAGUUUUUGAAUAACAUAUUGCAUAACAGAUUGCAUAGCUAUAGCAUAGCAACACUUCAUUUUGUACAUUGUCAGGCUUACAGUGCAUUGUAUCUACUGUAUGGUAUCAUUUACUGUAUGUUUUCAAAGACUCUGUUGAAGGCCUGCUCUCCUAGUGACAAUGUAAUAAUGAUAGCAGAGAUCAUAUAAUGAAUUCUGAUGAAGGACCGUAACAUCUAAUGGCUUUUAUAUGGUUCACAUCAAGACCUAAUUCCAUAAUGUCAAUUUGUGUCUACAUUAAAAUCAGAAGCUUUAAAAAACAAUGAUGUAUUUGUAUUUGGACAGCAUUUGAGUCACAGAUUUCGUACUCCAUUACCAAUCCGUGCUUCAUUAUUUUCCACAGUAUCAUUAUGUGUGUAUAAAUCACAGUAACUCCCUUGCUGUACAAGUUAAACUGGCAUGUCCUGCUGCUCUGUUCCUAGCCAUUGUGUCCUGCCAUGUGCCUUACCACACCUGCCACCCUUUAGGCACAUAGCUGAAUGAUAACAGGUGUGGUACAAUUACAGAGUAAUUAAAGUGAAUUGAUACAGCUAUCACUACUGGUUUUGUAAAGAAAAACAAAAAAACGCAGCGAUAUUAUUAAAGAAUUAGGUCUUUUUUAUGCGCUGAUGCAAGCCUGUAAUUAUCAGUAGCAUUAGUUUGUACAGAAAUGUGCAAUAUUAAAUAAAUAUUGGUCCAUGUGUUUUGUAUUAUGUAAUAGAAUAAUAAUCAGGAGACAAAACCGUGAGUGUAGUGAUGAGUUCCUGACUUCAUAUGACUUACCAUGGCAUAUUAUUUGGAUGCUUUUUAAUUAGGCUGUGAGAAACAUGGAUGAAAACUGGAUGUUAGUCUGGAAGGAAAGCACUGCGUUUACAUGAAAAGAGCUAAGGGCAGUGAGAAGUGGCAGAGUGCUCACUAGUUGAUGCUAGUUAUAAUCAUUAUGGUUAGAAGAAGGGCUUGAAGUUACUCAUUCGGGUAGUGAAACUCCAUUGCUGAAAAUUGUCUUUUGUUUCUGAAGUUUUACGAAGCUCUUCCCUCAACGUGGCUUCACGUGUGCAUGCGGACUAACUGGUUUCGUCCUGAUUUGAACCUUUGAAAAUAAUUGAUGCAGAUGUUUACCCUAUAUUGAAAAUAAAAGAUGGCUUUAUAAUUUACUAUAAUUGUCAGUUUAUGGGGCUUAAAGGAAAAAAAGAAACUAAAAAGAGAAUAGCUGACCAAAAGAAAAGGUUAGUUAAUUGUCAUUAUAGAAAUUCAGUGUACACCGCAGGGUUAAAUCCAGGUGUCGUUCUACUGUAUUUAUCUCGCACAGCCACGCCCUGUCUCUCGUGACGGUUCUGUUAUGUUCAGUGGCUUUUGUUAAGCAGGAUUUAGAAAGUACUUUUUGUUCAUCUUCUUAAUGCAGCUUCUCAGAAUCCCAAGAUGAAACUAGCCAACAUCAGCCCACUUAAAUCAGUCACGUGUAUUCCAUACAAAAUGCAACUUUAUUAACUUCCAUGCCUCCGAUUAGAUUAUCAUACAAAUAUCAUGUUAAAACUCGAUUUAAAUUCACAGCUCAAUCUUUAGGGAAUAAAAGGAAAACUACAGAGAAAAUCAAAAGCACAUAAUAUCUAGACACUUUCUGGAGAAUUAAAAUAAAGAAUAAACACUUGUUUUUUUUUUUAUUUGAAAUGAAGACAUUCUGUGAUAGGAUUCAGUGUGAAGGGAUUCCCUUUGAAGCAAAGCAGGGCAAAAAGUCACAACUCUGCAGUAAAAUGAAAAGCUCUGAAAUAUAUAUUUACAAUACACAUACACUAUACAUAAAUACAAGAACGAUAAUCACAGAAUAUCCGAGAAAAAAAAAAAGACAAAAUAAAGUAAAUAUUUAGAUUAAGAAAUGAAGUUAAUAUUGAAACUGAGGCAAUACUGUACAGAAUAAAUUGAAUACAAAUCAGAAACGGCCAUUCACAAAGGAAUUAACAAAGCAAUAUUGUCUUUUUUUUUGUGCUGUAUAGGUCCACUCUGUAGGCACCGAAAUUGAGCUGUAAGGUGCCUCUUACUCAAAUUCAGGUCUUUGUAAUGUAUCAAAGAGGUAAAAGUCAACCUUAAUAAUGGAGAAACUGUGUCCUUCAGUCAAGUUGAUAUUGAAUGUGUAAGGUAUAUCCAUCCAUAUACUCCCAAGGAGAAGCUUACAGCAUUGCUCACUAUGUGAUUAACGGGCGGAUGUUCACAGCUUUCGUUUAAAAUGGUGUCUUCAAAUGGUCCGUAAGGCUCAGUGCAUUACAAACAGGCUUGGUACUGUACAUUAGGGUUGGGUAUUUUGUACAGGUUUAUUGGUACCGGAUGCACUUCUUUUGUGCUUAUGGCAUCUUUUGCCUUUCUGCAUGUGCUUCUUGUAUAAGAUAUUAGGCACUCAUCAUUAUUGCAUAACUUUGACCCUGUUCACCGUUACAAAAUUAUGCCACAGAAAGUGUAAGAAUGCCAGAGCAGAAAGUAAUACUUUGUUUGUUUGUUUGUUUGUUUAAAAAAAAAAGGAUGCUCCCUUUAAUUAUUGUCAUAUUUUUCAUCAUCCUCUUCUUUUUUUAAACACGAAAUAAAAAUUUGAUAUAAAACUUUCAAUUUGUUAAUACACUUUAUAGGCAACCAUUUUUACUGUGCAGAAGCAGAAAUGAUGCCAAAAUCUAAUGUCUCUGAUAUCAGAACAGCAAAAAAGAGAAAUAAAUAAUAAUUGGAAAAAAAGAAAAAGAAAAGCAAAGAGAAAAAUGCUGAUGGCUCUUGAAUACUGUUUGGAAAGGGACAUUCAUUUGACUGGGUUUACAUUUCGUGAAAUGUUAUUGUAAUAAAAACACGUAAGAGAGUAUUAGAAAUGGCUGAAUGUGCACAGAGGCAGCUGCUCUUCAACACUGUGUACAUUUAGAUGGAUUGUUUAAUCCCUACACCUUAAUCAUAAGGAACACGAGCAUUAAAGAUGCUCUCCCACACAGUCCCAUGAUACACUGUGUACCAACAGGUAAUGAUCAUCUCUGUAUUGUAGUUGUAUAAAGUUAAUCCCUUGUAUUAAAAAAAAAAAACUAAUAAAAAGCCCUAUUCUGAAUAGGUAUAUACAGCCUUCAAAAACU